AUGAGUUCACAGACUUUUCAAAAUUGGAAAACAAAUGCAUUUACAAGAAACUUUAACAAAGCCAUUGGAUUUGCACCUAUUGUUAAAGAAAAUGAUAUUGAUAAACUAUUGGAUUUAAUAUCAAACAAUGCUGAUUUAAUUAAAAUUGGAGCAUUUAGAAAACUUAACAAGCUGUCCGGUAGUGAUACAACUGAGGAGUUUAAAAAAAAAUUAAUUCUUGCAAAACUUCAAGGUACCAUUGAAUUGGUAAAAUAUUAUGGUACUACAUGGAAUUGUCCUAAAUCAAAAUGGACACUUGCACAAGGAAUGUACUAUGCACACAGCUGUGUAAAAUUAUUUGGAGAAGAUAAACAGGGCGAAUGCCUCAGAAAGAAAAUUCAGUUGUUCGCCGCAUUCAUGUUCUCUUAUAAGUUAGAAAUCAAUCGAUUUACAAGAUUUUUUUUGAAAAGAAUGAAUACUCAAGCUGAUAAAUACCUUCCGGAUGAUAAAGCGAUAAAAUUUAUCAAUACGAAAAUGGCUUGCGAAAAAAAAUUUAUGCAAGAUAAUAAAAACAUUUUUAUUAAAACAGCAAUGAAACUGUACAUGGGUUCUUCUAAUAAGGAUAAGAAUUAUAAUUGUGUUAGUGAAUUAUUGCAAUUUGAAAAUGAUGAAAAGGAAAUUGAUUCAUACCCUGGUGAAAUUCAAUAUUUAAUAGCCAAAGCAUAUGGCUACCAAAAUAAUUAUAAAUUGGCUUUAGAACAUCUUUGUAAGGCACGUAAAGCAGAAGUUGUAGACGCAAAGACUCGUGAAACCAAUAAAAAAGUACAAACUUAUUAUGAAAAAAUAUACACUCGUAUGAAUGCCAAAUAG